AUGGCAUCCUUUUUCGUACAGUUAUGGGAUAGCAUAUUCCAACCGGGUACCACGCCUCAAUUGGUGAUCGCCACACACGCGUCGUUCACUGCACUACUGCUUACACUAGGAUGGUUGAUAUACGUCACACAGGGUAACAUCCACUUCAUAAUGCUCGCCCUGAUCGCAUCGUUGCUUUGGGCUGCGGUAGGUUGGUUCAUCGUGGAGUUGAGCAGGGCAGACCUCAAGAAGAACGAAGAGUUGACACAAGAAAGUAAGGAGUCGCUCACCGGGGACGGCAAGACUACAUCGGAAUCGGCUACCGCUACAGGCCAGAAACUGCCAUCCCAAAAAAAUUCCACUAGAUCCAGAAAGUUAUAA